GGGAAAGGAGAUUUUUGAUUAUUAAAUGUUGAUCAGUUUUACUUGGAAUAAUUAUCCUUGUGUUGAUUCUCUCCUCAUGGUAAAGUUAUUUUCUCGACUAUUCAAACCUUGAGUAGUUGAGUAAUUUGUGUGGUAUAUGUUGAUAAGCACAACUACUAAUACAAUUUGUAAACAAACAAACAACAAAAUUUUUAAGCCCAACUAGUAAUACAAUAAUGGCUAUGUUUUUUUAUUUGAGUUUACGAUUGAGUACAACUCGUACAUGAUUUAAAUACAAAGCUAGACAUAGUUAUUAGUAUCGUACGAUACGCGAUAUGAUACGUAUUGUACGAUGUCAUUAGGGGUGUUCAAAUUUUCGAUUAGUCGUAAUUUUCUACCCUAUCCAAUCCAAUUGAACGGCUAGCCAAAAAAAUCGAGUAGAAAUGCGGAAUAGUCAUUAAUUUUUCAUAUUUCUACCUUACGUACCUACGCGCGCGCGCACACACACACACACAUAUAUGAACUAAAAAUCCUAAUUCCCUAACCAUUUAGUUUAAAUUUAAAAUAAUUGUUAUUGUAUUUGUGCCAUAAUUAUGAUGGAUUGAUGUUUAUAUGUUCUUGUGUUUUAUUGUAAUUGUUUUAAGUUUUAGUGUUAUUGGUUUAUUGUGUAAUUAAAUUGGUGUAAGUUAUUUAAUUGAAUUGUUAAAAUGAUCUAAAAAUUAACAAUUAUAAAAGUAUUCAUCCGAUAUUUUACCCGACUUCCUAUUCGAUUAAUUUGUCCAGAAGUCAGAUAGAAAUACUACACUUGAUCGGGUAGGGGUAAGACAAUAAAUUUUUUUUUAACAAAGUAUCGGAUAAAAAAACGGAAAAUCAUAUUUCUUACCCGUAGGGUAGGGUGAUCACCCCUAUAUGUAACAAUACACAUGAAAAACGAUAUGUAUGGUGUCUUUAUAUCGUUUUUUUUACCGUAUUAUAUGAUACACGAUAUGUACGAUACGAUAUGGCUGAUGUGUGCAGAUUUUAUUUUAUAAUUUUUUGGGAUUGAAAUGACAUCGUUUCACCCCAGAACUUAUUGUUAAAUCACUAGUCAAGAAAAUAACGUCGUUUCAGUGGUUAUAGUUUUAAAAAAAAAAAAAAAAGUCUAUUGUUAAUGUUGUUCAAUUAAAUUCAAGUUCUUGAUUAAUAUUAAGGUUGGUUAAGCAGUUGAUGUUAGAAGUUUGAAUUAGAGGUCUUUACAUUUUGAUAUCAUUAAACUAUAUUAGGAACUUGAAUAGUUGGUGGAAUAUUAAUGAAAUACUAUAUUAUUAUGAGUAUAUGAUUUUUUUACAAGGGUAUAUAUAUAUUUUAUUAAUCAUUAUUUAAAAUUGAGCUUAUCUUAUGAUACACGAUACAAGAGAUGAUACAGUACACUAUUUUUGAAAAAUGAUACGCUUUUGAUACGCGAUUUGAUAACUAUGAAGUUAGGUACUUCGUUAUCCACUCGUGGCAUUAAUGUUGAGGAGGAGCAUGUGAGGAGAUUAUCCGGUUCAUUAGUUUGUGACCAGUGAUGGUUUCUUAAGUUCCCAAGUCUCCCCCAUAGGGGUUGUAACAUUCAUUGUCUGGCAUGCAGGUAGUGGUAGAUUGCUCUUAAAAUUAUGUAUUUUAGGGAGUAAGUUGCAAUUUUAAAUUGACAAUGUGUGAAAAAUUAGGAAAUUCUAAAACAGUACUGUACAUUUGUUAUCUAAAACAUAUGCUGUCAUAUGACAUUCUACUGCAAUUAGCAUAAGUGAAAAUACCUGAUUUAUGAGAUUUCUACAGGAUGGUUGUAUUGUUUGUCCAACAACCGAUAGCACAUUCGAUCUUUGUACGGGAGCCAUCAAGGAAUGGUAUCCAAAGAAUCCUGUACUGAGAGUUCUAACACCUGCGUUGAGGACUUUAUUUGUUUAUCCGGUGAGAACUGAUGGUGAAAAUAUUUACAUAAGUAUGGGAGCGGGUUUGAAAUCGGACGCUUCUGCUGAGAUUGUAUUUAGUGGAAAGGCUCAACCUGGUAUAACGGCAACUGAUGUCAAUGUGGAUGAGGUGAGAAUGGUGGUUGAUGAGGAACUAGAGGGUUUCGGUUUCACGGGAAGAAUGAGUUGA